AUGAAAAGAAUAGGAUAUGCUUAUAGUGAAUAUUAUGAACAACUUUGUAAUAAACUACCUUCUAAUUUAAAUCGGUCUUCAUUCAUUCAUAGUCUUAUAAAGGCUUAUGGUUUGUUUGAUAAGUUUGCAAUUAUUACUCCAGAAAAAGCAAGCUUUGCAUCAUUAUCUGGAAUUCAUGAUGAUAAAUAUAUAUCUUAUCUUUUAAAAGAUUAUAAAAAGGAAAAUGAUAAUAUAUCAGAAGAGGAUUCUGAAAAUGUUGAGUGUGAUUUGGAGGAAGAAAUUUCACUUUUCGGCCUUGAUUAUGAUUGUCCUAUUUUUCCAGAAUUACCAGAAUAUGUUGAGUUUUUAGCAGGAACAUCUCAAACAUCAGCAAGAUUAUUAGGAAAUGAUAUUUUUGACAUUGCUAUUCAUUGGGAUGGUGGAAGGCAUCAUGCAAAAAGAAGUAAAGCAUCAGGAUUUUGUUAUGUAAAUGAUAUUGUUCUUUCCAUAAUGGAGUUACGGAAAUAUUAUCAGCGAAUAAUGUACCUGGAUUUGGAUUUACAUGCAGGAGAUGGUGUUGAGUCAGCAUUUUUGCAUUCAAAAAACGUUCUUACAUUAUCAUUGCAUCGCUAUGAUCCAGGUACAGGAUCAUUAGAUCUAAUUGGAAAAGGAAAAGGAAAAUAUUAUGCUUUAAAUGUUCCUUUAAAAAAAGGAUUAACAGAUGAAAAUUUUCUACUUUUAUUUGAUCAUAUUAUUCAACCAACUUUUAUAAAAUUUAACCCUGAUGUUAUUGUUAUUCAAUGUGGAUGUGAUGGACUUUUCGAAGAUACAUACAAAGAAUGGAAUUUAACAUCUCAAGCUUAUGUAUUAUGUUUAGAAAAUAUAUUAAAAUGGAAAAAAAAGCUUUUAAUACUUGGAGGAGGUGGAUAUAAAAAUACAAUUGUUUCGAGAUGCUAUGCAUUACUUACAAGUGUCAUUUUGGGUGUAAAGAUACAAAACGAUAUUCCUGAACACGAUUUUUUCAAUCAUUAUGCACCUGAUUUUGAAUUGUUUUUAAAUAAAGGGCAUAUAGAAAAUGAAAAUACGCAGGAAUAUAUUGAAUAUACUAUAAAUACACUUCAAUUAUAUAUUAACAAUAUAAUUUUGUAA